GCGGUCGGUGCUGAAUUUCUGCUGCAGGUCCGGGUCCUGCCGCUGGAUUCCCCCAUUGGUUUUUUUUGGGAACUGUGAUUGUCGAAUGGUUCAGCUUUUGUAACGGGGGACACACACACUAAACACUGAGAGAAGCCUCCGAUAUCUUCGCACCUUUCUUUCUCCCUCACGGGCCCUGCAUGUCUAAUAUUUAGACAUGUUCAGAAUAAUGGAUUCCAGGACUGUACUGCUACUCGUAGCCACUCAAGCCUGUCUAUUAGCCGUUGUAAGAUGUCAAGAAGAGGACCAGGAGGAUGUUUUAAGCUGUUUACAAGAUGGACAGCGCUAUAGUGACAAGGACGUAUGGAAACCAGAGCCUUGUCGCAUCUGUGUGUGUGACACUGGAACCGUCCUGUGUGAUGAAAUUGUCUGCGAGGAUCUUAAAGACUGCCCCAAACCUGAAAUCCCAUUCGGAGAGUGUUGCCCCAUCUGUGCACCUGACCAUUCUCCACCCAUUGGAUCACCAGGAGCCAAGGGUCAGAAAGGUGAACCUGGAGACAUUACAGAUGUUGUAGGACCAAGAGGACCAGGUGGCCCAAUGGGCCCAUCAGGAGAGCAAGGAAAACGAGGAUCAAGAGGAGAUAACGGGGAGAAGGGAACCCCUGGUCCCCGCGGCAGAGAUGGUGAACCUGGCACCCCCGGAAACCCCGGACCCCCUGGACCUGCAGGGCCUAAUGGACCCCCUGGACUUGGUGGAAACUUUGCUGCUCAGAUGGCAGGUGGAUUUGACGAGAAGUCUGGCGGUGCUCAGAUGGGUGUGAUGCAAGGACCAAUGGGCCCCAUGGGACCCAGAGGACCACCUGGCCCCAGCGGAUCACCUGGCCCACAAGGUUUCCAAGGCAACCCAGGAGAGGCUGGAGAGCCCGGACAGUCUGGCCCCCUGGGUCCCCGUGGCCCCUCCGGACCUUCUGGAAAACCCGGAGAUGAUGGUGAGGCUGGCAAACCUGGCAAAUCAGGUGAACGUGGACCUUCUGGACCUCAGGGAUCUCGUGGAUUCCCAGGAACUCCUGGCCUGCCUGGCAUCAAGGGACACAGAGGUUAUCCAGGUCUUGAUGGUUCUAAGGGAGAAACUGGAGCUGUUGGGUCUAAGGGAGAGUCUGGUUCUUCUGGAGAGAAUGGCGCUCCCGGACCAAUGGGACCACGUGGUCUGCCUGGUGAGAGAGGCCGUCCUGGACCCAGUGGAGUUGCUGGUACACGUGGAAAUGAUGGCUUGUCCGGUCCUGCUGGCCCCCCAGGACCCGUCGGCCCCUCUGGAGCUCCAGGCUUCCCUGGCUCUCCUGGUACAAAGGGAGAAGCUGGUCCUACUGGUGCUCGUGGACCUGAGGGUGCUCAGGGACCCCGUGGAGAGUCUGGCACUCCUGGAUCAUCCGGACCAUCUGGCGCUUCUGGAAACCCUGGAACUGAUGGUAUCCCUGGAUCCAAAGGAUCAGCUGGUGCUCCUGGUAUCUCUGGUGCUCCUGGUUUCCCUGGACCUCGUGGACCCCCCGGGCCUCAGGGAGCAACUGGACCUCUCGGACCCAAAGGAACAUCUGGAGACCCCGGUAUUCCAGGCUUCAAGGGAGAGGCUGGACCCAAAGGAGAAUUUGGACCCGUUGGUAAUCAGGGACCUCACGGCCCACAAGGAGAAGAAGGCAAGCGAGGACCCAGGGGUGAGGCAGGUUCUGCUGGACCACUUGGACCUCCUGGAGAGAGAGGAUCUCCCGGUAACCGCGGUUUCCCCGGUCAGGAUGGUCUGGCUGGUCCCAAGGGAGCCCCUGGUGAGCGUGGACCCGCUGGAGCGAGUGGAGCCAAGGGAGCCGGCGGUGACCCCGGCCGCCCCGGAGAGUCUGGUCUCCCCGGUGCCAGAGGUCUGACUGGACGCCCUGGUGACGCUGGUCCUCAAGGCAAAGUUGGACCUUCCGGAGGUUCUGGUGAGGACGGUCGCCCCGGACCCCCCGGCCCACAGGGAGCCCGCGGACAGCCUGGAGUCAUGGGAUUCCCCGGACCCAAGGGAGCAACUGGCGAGCCUGGCAAGUCUGGAGAGAAAGGACUGGGUGGAGCUCCUGGUCUGAGAGGUCUGCCUGGCAAAGAUGGAGAAACUGGUGCUGCUGGACCCCCCGGCCCAGCUGGCUCUGCUGGCGAGAGAGGAGAGCAAGGACAGCCCGGACCCUCAGGUUUCCAGGGUCUUCCCGGACCUCCUGGCCCCCCUGGUGAGGGAGGCAAGCCCGGAGACCAGGGUGUUCCUGGAGAGGCUGGAGCUGCUGGUGCUACUGGACCCAGAGGAGAGCGUGGUUUCCCCGGAGAGAGAGGAGCUGCCGGCCCCCAGGGUCUGCAGGGGCCUCGCGGUCUGCCUGGAACUCCUGGAACUGACGGACCCAAGGGAGCCAUUGGACCUGCUGGUGCUGGUGGAGCUCAGGGCCCCCCCGGCCUGCAGGGUAUGCCCGGAGAGAGAGGAUCUGCCGGCAUUCCUGGACCCAAAGGAGACAGAGGUGACCUUGGAGAGAAAGGACCUGAAGGUGCUUCCGGUAAAGAUGGUGGAAGAGGUCUCACUGGUCCCAUUGGUCCUCCUGGUCCUUCUGGCCCCAACGGAGAGAAGGAAUCUGGUCCCGCUGGUCCUUCUGGAGCUCCUGGUACCCGUGGUGCUCCUGUUAAGGUGUACAGGGGUGAGGAUGGACCUCCUGGGCCUGCUGGAUUUGCCGGACCCGGCUCUGACGGUCAGCCUGGUAUCAAGGGAGAGAUGGGAGAAUCUGGACAGAAGGGUGACGCUGGAGCCCCCGGACCCCAAGGACCCUCUGGUGCCCCAGGACCUUCAGGUCCUACCGGUGUUUUUGGACCUAAAGGUGCUCGUGGUGCUCAGGGACCUUCUGGUGCCACUGGUUUCCCUGGAGCUGCUGGCCGAGUUGGACCCCCUGGUCCCAACGGUAACCCUGGAGCUGCUGGACCCGCCGGCCCUGCUGGUAAAGACGGACCCAAGGGAGUGAGAGGAGACGGUGGACCUCCAGGCCGACAGGGAGACGCUGGGCUCCGCGGCCCUGCUGGGACUUCUGGAGAGAAGGGAGAUGCUGGAGAGGACGGUCCCCCUGGUCCUCAUGGUCCUUCAGGUCCUCAGGGUCUGGGCGGAUCACGCGGUAUCGUGGGUCUGCCCGGACAGCGUGGAGAGAGAGGGUUCCCCGGCCUGCCUGGACCUUCUGGUGAGCCUGGAAAGCAGGGAGCUGCUGGUGGCAGCGGAGACCGCGGACCCCCUGGACCUGUGGGACCCCCUGGCCUCACUGGACCUUCAGGAGAGCCUGGCAGAGAGGGCAACUCUGGAUCUGAUGGACCUCCUGGUAGAGACGGUGCUACUGGAAUGAAGGGUGAACGUGGUACCACUGGUCCUGCUGGAGCUUCAGGUGCUCCGGGCGCUACUGGUGCCACUGGCCCAGUCGGCCCCACCGGCAAACAGGGAGACCGCGGAGAGUCUGGUGCACAAGGACCUGCUGGCUCUUCAGGACCUGCUGGAGCCCGAGGAAUGCCAGGACCUCAAGGACCCCGUGGUGACAAGGGUGAGUCUGGAGAGAACGGUGAGCGAGGACAGAAGGGACACCGAGGUUUCACUGGUCUGCAGGGUCUGCCCGGACCUCCGGGUCAAAAUGGAGACCAGGGAGCGACUGGAGUUAAUGGACCUUCUGGACAAAGAGGACCACCUGGACCUGUUGGACCAAGUGGAAAGGAUGGUGGAAACGGUAUGCCAGGACCCAUCGGACCCCCUGGACCUCGUGGUCGCGGUGGAGAGACCGGCCCCUCUGGUCCCGCUGGUAACACCGGACCCCCCGGUCUUCCUGGCCCCCCCGGCCCUGGCAUCGACAUGUCUGCUUUCGCUGGUCUGGGCCAGACUGAAAAGUCCCCCGAUCCUCUCAGGUACAUGAGGGCCGACCAGGCUUCCGGAAGCCUCCGUACGCACGAUGCCGAGGUCGACGCCACUCUUAAAUCUCUCAACAACCAGAUCGAGAACAUUCGCAGCCCCGAGGGAUCCAGGAAGAACCCGGCCCGCACCUGCAGAGACCUGAAGCUCUGCCACCCCGACUGGAAGAGCGGCGAGUACUGGAUCGAUCCCAAUCAGGGAUGCACCAUCGACGCCAUCAAGGUGUUCUGCAACAUGGAGACCGGAGAGUCCUGCGUCAAGUCCAAGCCCGACAGCAUCCCACGCAAGAACUGGUGGUCCAGCAAGAGCAAGGACCGCAAACACGUCUGGUUCGGAGAGACCAUGAAUGGAGGAUUCCACUUCAGCUACGGUGAUGACAGCCUUGCAGUCAACACUGCUGCCAUUCAGAUGACCUUCCUGAGACUGCUGUCCACCGAGGCGUCUCAGAGCCUCACCUACCACUGUAAGAACAGCGUGGCCUACAUGGACGCCUCCACAGGCAACCUGAAGAAGGCUUUGCUGCUGCAGGGCUCCAACGACGUGGAGAUCAGAGCCGAGGGCAACAGCCGCUUCACUUACAGCGUGAUGGAGGACGGCUGCACGAAACACACAGGACAGUGGGGCAAGACAGUGAUCGAGUACAGAUCGCAGAAGACCUCUCGUCUGCCCAUUGUAGACAUUGCCCCCAUGGAUAUUGGAGGAUCAGACCAGGAGUUUGGAGUGGAAGUCGGUGCAGUCUGCUUCUUGUAAAGAACGAGGGAGCGAUAUGAAAAGAAAGAAGAAGUGGAAAUUUGAACGGAAUUAAAAAAAGAAAGAGGAGCACACUUCAGAAAGGAGAGAAAAAGAAAAAUCAAGACACUUUUUUUUAAAUGGGACUUUUUUUCGAAGUAAAAAGUGCUUUUUUCCAAGUCGAACUCUCCGUAGGAUAUCUGCACUGAAUGGCACUAGCAACUGUCAUCUGUGAUUCAUCGCCCCCCCUCCUGUGGACACUUCCAAAAAGCCCCCAUGUCAUCCUGGGUGAACAGCUGCCCCCCCGCCACAACACCACCUACCCCACCCCAUGAACAAGAAAGAGGAAGUAUGAGGAGAGAACCAGGGAACUAGAGAGAGAAAAAAUGUGUUGGUGUUAUUUAUUUAUUGUUUAGGUUUGGGUCCCAGGUGUGGUAGGACUGAGGUUGUUGCUAAGUAAUAAAAGCCCACCAUUUAAAAAGAAAAACAUAUCCACCAACCUCUCCUACUUCCUCUCCUCUUUUCGAACCACCCCAUCGCUCCUGUACCAUAUCCACUAAAGCAUACAUAUCUCUUUGAAACCAAAAAUGUAGCUACAUAGAAAGUGCAGGUGUUCCUAUUUCUACCACCAGUGUGUAUCAGAAAGUUACUGUGUAUUAUAAUAAAAGUCAAUGGUGC